UUUAUUUAUGCGAGAAUGACAUUAAAUCAUCAACAAUUAACGGGUAAAAUAAAUUUAUGUUUUAAAAAUAAUUGUGUAUAUUUUGAUAGUGACCGUACUCAGUCUGAACGAGAAGUUGCUUUGCGAAAAUUUGAAAAAGGAGAAAUUGAUGUUCUCGUCGCAACAGACGUACUUGCGCGUGGAAUUGAUAUUAAAAAUUUGAAUCAUGUAAUUAAUUUUGAUCUCCCGGAUGAUGAUGUUACUUAUGUGCACCGGAUUGGACGCACUGGACGUUUGGGAAUUGGAUAUGCGACAAGUUUGGUAGAUCCAAAGGUCGACGCUUCUCUUAUUCCAAAGCUCGUCGAUGUAAUUUUUAAUUUUUUUAACCCAAAUUAUUUUUAUCUAAAUUUUCGUUUUGGCUUCUCAUGGAAUCUGACAUUGAAUUCCCUGCGUUUAUGAAUUCACACACAAAUGGGAAAUCCGAAUUUUGUCCGAAAGACGCCCAGGAUGAGGAUGAUGACGAUGACUGGUAGAAUGACGAUGAUGACUGGUGAAUUAAAAAAUGAGAAAAAUAUCUUUAUAAAUUUUUGAGUGAAUUUUCUAUAAUUGUUGUCUUUGUAUGGAUUUUCUAUUGUUACUUUUAUUUU